AUGCGCACAAAAAGUUAAAUAAUCCUAAUAAUAAUAUAUUAAAUAUAAAUAAUAUUAGAAGAUAUAAAGAAAACAUUUUUUUAAAUAUUUUUCAGACAAUUUCUUAUGCCGCUGAUCCUCAAAUAUUGAAGACAUUCUAUGAUGAUUAUGCAAGUUGUCUCGAAGAAUUGAAUGUGCAGCAAUGGACACCGGAAGUUGUAAAAUGUAAAUUUCAAAAGGAUGGACUGAUUGACGAACAAGGUGUAAUAAAAAAAGACGAACUUUUAGCAAUAUUCAACCUCAUCAUUUCCGAUGAGACCAACUUAAGUCAAGCAAAAGAGAUUACUUCCACUUGCAUCGAUCAAGGUGAAUGAAAUAUAUAUUUAGUAAUACAUAUUUUGAGUAUGAUUGACAUAGUGUUAUUUAUCAUAUA